ACAGAGCUUUGAGGAGGGAUCCAGCAAGGCGGUACUAUCCCAGAGUCCGGAUGGGAAGCCGCAGAUGCUCCUUCACUUGGGACUGACCGCUACAUAAUCCAGAAGGGGGUCCCAGUCCUGGGGAUGCUGGUGCAGGGUUCUGCGGGCCUGGUUGACUUUGGAAGGACCCAGAGCGAACCAGUAGCUGGUCCUCAGGUGGCGUGGGCAAAAAUUAUUUCUUUUUGGGAGACGGGGAAGACAAGGCCACCUAUAACCGCCUUUUCAAAUCUGGAGGCCUGAGAGGAGGUAACCGGGACAAACUACAACUCCCAGAAGCCUCUGCUCUCUGGAGUCAAGGAUGGUUGUCAUGGUUUCAGAAAACAAUAUGGCCUCUCCCAGCUGGGACGGGAGUGUCCGAGUUAGAGAGGCAGAAGCGGGUCUGGACGCCCUCGGCGGCGAGGGAGGAGACGCUUGAGCGGCCGUGAGUUUGGGACUGGACGCUGCUCGGCUGGAUCAGCCUGCCUUUGCCGAAGGUGCCAAUGGCGGGCAGUGUGGACGAGGAGGCGCUGCACCAGCUGUACCUGUGGAUAGACAACAUCCCUCUGUCCCGGCCCAAGAGAAAUCUCUCCCGGGACUUCAGUGACGGAGUCUUGGUUGCAGAAGUCAUCAAGUUUUACUUCCCCAAGAUGGUGGAGAUGCACAAUUAUGUCCCUGCCAACUCUCUCCAGCAGAAGCUCAGCAACUGGGGUCACCUGAACAGGAAGGUGCUGAACAAGCUGAAUUUCUCGGUGCCGGAGGACGUGAUGCACCAGAUCGUGCAGUGCACGCCGGGCGUGGUGGAGUUGGUGCUCAUUCCACUGAGGCAGCGCCUGGAGGAGCGGCGGAGGCGCAGGAAGCAGGGCUCGGGCUCCUUACAGGAGCUGGUUCCCCAGGAUGGCAGUGGCUACAUGGAUGUGGGUUUGUCCCAGAAGCCCCGAGGGGAAGGUGCCCAGGACACCCAGGGAGGGGGGCAGCUCAGGGGGGGCCGGCAGCCGGUGCCCCGGCGUCCUGGGUAUAGCCAGGUGCUGCACGGCGACCCGAGCGUCAUCCUCCAGAUUGCCGAGAAGGAGCAGGAAUUGUUGGCCUCGCAGGAGACUGUGCAGGUCCUGCAGAUGAAGGUGCGGCGCUUGGAGCACCUGCUCCAGCUCAAGAACGUGCGCAUCGACGACCUCUCCCGCCGGUUGCAGCAGGCGGAACGGAAGCAGCGGAGAAUGGACCACUUUCCAGAACCCAGAAACCGUGUGCGGAGGCCUGGUGUGUACCCCAAAGCAGUGAGAGACACCAGGCGCUCCGCUUUGGAGCUCCCUGUGCUGGGCUUUUGGGGAUGGUCCCCCCACUGGGUCCGCACCACUAGAACCCGGUCCCCAUCCAGCUGUGAGAACAGUGAUGUCUCCAUCUAGUUCUCUGUGCCCUGGGCCAUUGGGGAAGCUGAGGGAGUCCCUGGCCUCUCCUGCUCUCACCUGGGACCCAUCUGGAGCUGGAGGAGGGCAGCUGCUGGAGAGGGAGGAGGAGGGGUUCAGCCAGGUGUGGGGAAGACAGCGGCUGUGCCUAUACCAAAUCGCCCUCCCCUCCCAUGAGGUAGAGUUGAGAAUAUUUGGGGUAUAUGGGACAAGGCUGCCCCCAUUAAAAGCAGUGUGCGCUCUCUCAUGUGCUAACCUUCUCUCUCUGCCUGGACCCUGGUGGACAGUGAGGUCCUGCCUCCCUUUUGCUGCACCCUUCACCCCUUGAGGGCCUUUUAUGCCCAGAAUGGCUCUUGCCUUGUGGGCAGCUGGGCCCUGGGUGGCCACGGCUUUGUAGGCUGAUGAUACUACAUUAUCAGGUCUUCUGCACUAGGAGAGUCUGACUUCUAACUCUGGCCUUACUAGACUGACACCCAAAUCCACCCUCACAGUCUCCUCCAACUCUGUCCAAACCCACAUUUCAGAUUCUCUCCAAAUGUAGCCACAUACUCACCCUAAACCAUGCCCGUGGACUGACUCCUAAAUAUGUCCUCUAUGUGACUUUCAACCCUGCUCACAGACUGAUCCCAAGUUUUAUGGACUGAAGACAAGCUUAACUCCCAACCCUGACUGAGAUACCAUGGCCAUGGUGUGACCCUAACUCUGACCAGUAACAUUGAACAUUUGUAAAUCCUAAACCUCCUACAAUUCUGUUCCUAGGCAUAUAUGCAGCAUAUACCCAGGAGAAACUUAAGCUUUGUGUUCUGUGUUCUGGGGCACAUGUAUAGCAAUGUUCAUAGCAACACAUUUUGUAAUAGCAAAAGAACUGUUAUCUGUUACUGUGUAACAAAUCACCACUCACCUAAAGGCUUAAAACAGCAUUUAUUAUCUCAUAUUUUCUGUUGCUCAAGAGUCCAGGGAUGGCUUAGCUGGGUCCUCUGCCUCAGGGUUUCUCACAGGCUGCAAUCAAAUUGUUAACCAGAGGUGUAGUCUUAUCUGAAGGCUUGACUGGGGAGGGGCUCACUUCCAAGUUCAUCUGGUUGUUGACAGAGUCCAGUUUCUUGUGGACUGUUCGAGUGAGGGCUUCAGUUUCUUGCUGGUUGUUGGCUGGUGGCUCCCCUCAUUUCCACGUCAUCCAGCAAGGGAGAGAGUUAGAUGCUGGCAAGGUAGAAGUUAUAGUCUUAUCUAAUGCAAUUACAGAAGUGACAUCCAUCACAUCUGUCAUAUUCUAUAUAUUUGAAAUAAGUCACUAGAUCCAGCCAACAUUCAAGGGGAGAGGAACACAUAGGUUUGAAUACCAGGAGGGAGAGAUCAAUGGGAGCCAUUUUAGAAGCUGGCUACAAGGAGGAAAAAGCAACAGAAGAUAAAAUCUAGGAUAGGGGUUACUUCUGAGAGAAAGCAGAGGGCAGAGAUGCAAGAGGCACAUUAGUAGAUAUAAGUUAUUUGUAAUGUUUUAGUUCUUGGGGCAAGUGGUGGGUUUACAAGUGUUCACAAAUGGGCUAUUUAUGGACAACUGGGGAGAAAGUGUGAGGUUAUUUAUUGUUCUGAACCAUUAAAAAACAAACAAGGAUUA